UCCCUCGGACACAGCGGAUCACCGAUCUACAGAAAGAGCCGAAGAUGUCGGCUCGGUCAUGUGAUUAGCUGUGGCACUGAUGAUCAGUGUGCCCUGAUGAUCAGUGUGGCCCCAGAAGUUCCACCUGUCAGUGUCCAUCAGUGUCAGCUGUCAGUGCUGAACAGUGCCACAUCAGUGCCACAUAUCAGUGCCUACCAGUGCACAUCAAUGCCACAUAUCAGUGCCCAUCUGAGCUGCCAGUCAGUGCUGCCUAUCAGUGCUGCCAGUCAGUGCCAACUAUUAGUGCCACCUAUCAAUGCCAUAUAUCAGUGCUGCUUUUCAGUGCCCAUCAGUGUUGCCUGUCAAUGCCCAUCAGUG